CGAGAACAAUAAUAUAUCACUGUUGCAUAUUCAUUAUUUUAGCCCACCGUGAGACUGGCUGUGCACCAUGGAGCAGCGCGUAAAGAGUGUGAAGAGCAUGCUGCGAAGCGUUCUCCUCAGUGAGAAAGGUGGAGUGAAAUUCACGAAACUAAAUUACGACUACCAGGAUAUUACAGGCGAUUCUAUUCCAUUCAAGUCUCUUGGCUUUAGGACACUUGAAGAGUUUCUCAGAAGUGUGCCAGAUGUCUGUCAAAUCAUUAACAGAGGAGGUGACAUGCUGUGUGUAGGUGUAGCAGACGAAACUACUGCACAUGUUCAGCGGCUGAUAAUGAGGCAGAAGAGCAAGAAGAAGCCGGCCAUUAGUGGGAAAAAUCGUUAUAGAACUCCUGCUCAUACAAGGAAACCAACACAAACUUGGGGAAGGCCUACGUCAUUCGUCGAAACCCGUCGGACACCUUGUGUUUCUAGACCCUUUACCCAAAAGCCUAUUGCUACUCAUGCAGUUUCAAGGGUCAUAAUAAAUGAUAUGUCACUCCCACAGUCUCGGAAAUAUGCAGGGCCACAGAAUCUUCCACCUCGCUUACUAAGGCAGCAGCAGCAGCAGCAACAGCAGCAACAACUACAACAGAAGCAGCAGCAGCAGCAGCAGCAACACCAACAAAAUCAUCAGCAAUAUCAACUGCAGCAGCAGCAACAACAGCAACAAAAUCAUCAGCAAUAUCAAUUGCAGCAGCAGCAACAACAGCAACAAAAUGAUCAGCAAUAUCAACUGCAGCAUCAACAACAACAACAACAACAACAACAACUAAUGCCAAAGCCUGUCCAAAUAAAGGUGGAUACGUUCGUUGAGAAACUUCAGUACCAUGCUCGGCUAUACAAAUUGGCUUUGACAUUUAGCAGUAUUCCUGCUGGCAAGAAAGGGUUUGUGUCCGUGGCAAAGCUGGGUGACGACAGCUUUGGAUCACUUGGCAUUUUCCCAAGCAAAGAAUCGGCUGACGAUGAGGCUGCGAAGAAUGCUCUUCAGCACGUGGAGGAGUGCACGUCAGCUGGCAUUUUCCUCGAUGAGAAUGUGAAUGCUGCCGUUGAUGACGAAAUGUUCAUAGAGCGGCUUAAGAAGGUUCUAUCAUUUCGGCCUAAUGGAUUAUGGGGUUCACGCUUUGCCAUAGAGUACACCCAGUUGUUUCAGGAGCGCCCUCCUGGAAACUGGCUGGAAAUCUGUAACAAUAAUACCAAUGUUGUGAAGGUUGAAAGGGUGUCAGAACGGGUGCUGCUAUAUGAGGUGAAGAGUCGGUCAGCAAGCUCUGUGAAACGUUCUCAAGUUAAUAAGGUGAUACAAGAGUCAGAGCUGCCUGAAGCAGGGGAGAUUUUGCAGGUGUUCCUGUCAAAUUCAAACACGUGUGGAGACUUUUCAGUUCAUGAUGAGAAUAGACAUAUUGAAACCAUCAUGUCUGUUUUAUCAGAGUGCUGUGAGGAUAGUCCAUAUCACAGACGAGUUCAACCUGUGACUGAUCAGUUCUAUGCUGCAUUCUACCAGAGCAAUGAGACAUGGUGUCGUGUGAAGGUUUUAGAGGUGUUUCCUAAUGAAGUAAGCGCUUUGUUCAUCGACUUUGGGAAUCAGAGUAUGGUUCAGUCGUCAGAUCUGCGGGAACUACCCGACACCUUGUACAACUACCCAAUGCAAGCCAUACCAUGCACAUUGCAUGGAGUCGCGCCCACAUGUGGCACAUCAGAUGAGUGGGACACAGAUUCAGCUGUACAGCUUCUUAAGGUGACGGAUGGAAAACGCAUGACCAUGGAGGUGGUGGAGAUCAUUGAUAGCAGGUGCCUUGUGCAACUGACACUAGAGGAAAGUCAGCAAUCUGUAGCGAAGUUGUUAGCAAAGCAGGGCUAUGUUCUUGAGUGGGUGCCUCCCUCCCCAGUUAAGCAGGUUACUAACGUCGAUGUCUACCCUGAUCCAUUAGUGCUUCCUGAUACUCAGUACUGGGAUGUGUUUGUACUGUACGUAUUCAAUUCUUCGGAAAUUGCUAUUCGUCUAAUUGGAGAACAGUACUCGGACAGGUUUGAUGAACUACAAGAAGAAAUGGACACGUACUACUGCAGGCACACCAGUAAGCUGCCAGCAGUCACCCAGCCGGUCGUUGGGGAAAUAUAUGCAGCACUGUCGGAGGAAGGGGCAUGGAUGCGUGCAGAGGUGCAUGGCUGCGACCCAGGCAGCAAUAACGUCAAGGUAGUUUACCAGGAUACAGGCGAAAGUGACCAUAUACCAAUCACAUCUCUAAGGAAUCUAGCAACAGAGUUUUGUAGGCUUCCAUAUCAGGCAAUCAACUGCAAGCUGAUGGGCUUAGAAGGUGCAGAAGAAAAUCUUCUUUUGAUGGAAAAAUUAAUAGACCUUGCUCAUGAGAAAACAUUGGUUGCUGAAGUUAAUGAAAGAGACCUAGUGGAUGACAACAGUGCCCGCCUGGUCCUAUAUGAUACGUCGUCAGAAGAGGAUGUAAAUAUCAACGAGCAGCUGCUUGCUAUCCUCGCUGAGCAGCAAGCUGAAAAUCGGGCAAAAGAUGACAGAGCCAGCUUUGAAAAGUGGAGUAAGGCGAUGGCUGAUGACUUGGAAUUUCUCGGCAUCAGAGGUGGCGUAACAGCAGCCGCUGCGCAGCCACAGUUUACGAUACCGCAGCCGAUCGUGCACAGUGAACUGUCAAACCCGAUGAGACAGAUCAGCCUGGAAAACACAUGCUCAGAGAAGUCACUAUCAGACACUAGUCACCGGGUAGAGACAAGUGUGGCGAAGCAGGUUCCUGCACAAUGGGAAGCGACCGCGCUACCUGCGCACCAACAAUCAGCCUGCCAGUUGUCACCGUUUAGGAUAGACACGUGGCGUGGAACCGAGCCCUUGUCAGAACCAUUCAGAUUCCAAAGCCCUCCUCAGUGGAAAAUGAUGUCAGAUCUGCCAAAGCUUGAAAUUCCUCACAUCGGUGAAUACUUUGAGAUCCACGUGCCAAAUAUCAACAAUCCUAGCCAAUUUAUUGUUCAACCCUGGAAGUGGGGCGAUGACAUUGAGAGAUUACUUGCGGACAUGCACUCUUUCUACAGCCAGGAGAGUAACAAAUAUCAAGUGGAGGAUGUUCAUGAAGAUCGGCUUUAUGUGGUCAGUCACGAGGAUGGCAACUUCUACAGGGUGAAAGUUUUGAAGCAACUCCCAGGAAACAAAAGUGUGUCAUUAUAUUUCAUUGACUGGGGUGAGUACAAUGUAGCUGAUGUUGAAGAUUUGCAGCCACUCUGGCCACAGUUCAGUUUGCUGCCCCCCAUGGCGGUCCGAGCCAGGCUUGUUGGUAAGUGCGGUCAUUUUUAA